AUGAAAGGUGAAGCACUUCUGCUGCUGGUACUGUGUACAUUGGUCCUGAUUUUGUACACCGGCAUCCGUGAGCGUCCCUGCCCCCAGAGCUGUAGAUGUGAUGGGAAAAUAAUAUACUGCGAAUCCAAUGCCUUCCGUGACGUGCCAAGCAAUGUGUCUGUAGGCACACAAGGCCUCUCCCUGCGUUACAACAGCCUGGUGAACCUCCGAGCCCACCAGUUUGCAGGCCUGAGUCAACUGGUGUGGCUCUACCUCGACCACAAUUACAUCAGUGAUGUGGACGGCCAGGCUUUCCAUGGGAUACGGAGGCUCAAAGAACUGAUCCUCAGCUCAAAUAAGAUCACACUGCUAAAAAACAACUCGUUUCACGACGUUCCGAAUUUACGCAACCUAGACCUUUCCUACAAUAAACUGCAGGUUCUCCGGCCUAAUCAGUUUGUGGGUUUACGGAAACUACUCAGUUUACACUUGAGGUCAAACUCCUUAAAAACUGUCCCGAUGCGAGUUUUCCUCGACUGUCGCAACCUGGAGUUUUUAGAUAUUGGCUACAACAGGCUACGGAGCCUCACGCGCAACGCCUUCGCAGGACUCCUUAAGCUCAUCGAGCUUCAUCUGGAGCACAACCAGUUCUCCAAGAUCAACUUUGCCCAUUUCCCCCGCCUGACUAACCUGCGGGCGCUCUAUUUGCAAUGGAACCGUAUCAAACUGCUAACCCAGGGCCUGCCCUGGAUGUGGACCUCCUUGCAAAAGCUGGACCUCUCAGGGAAUGAGCUCCAAGUGUUGGACCCGAGUACAUUUCAAUGCCUCCCUAACCUGCAGACUCUGAACCUGGACUCCAACAAGCUGAGCAAUGUGUCUCAGCAGGCAGUGGAGGCCUGGAUCUCCCUCACCACCAUAAGUCUGGCUGGUAAUUUGUGGCAUUGUAACCCCAACAUAUGUCCCCUGGUGGCCUGGCUCAAGGCCUUCAAAGGUAACAAGGAGACCACUAUGAUUUGUGCCGGCCCCAAGGAGACACAAGGAGAGAAAGUGACCGAUGUGGUGGAGGCUUAUAACAUCUGUACAGCGACUCCUGCGCCUGUUUCCUCAACACCAUCGCCCCUCACUUCUGCUUUUCGACCUGAGCUGCUGCCUCUCCCCACACAGCCUGUGGUGGAUAAGAAGCUGAUCUGGAACAGGACAACCUCCCCGUCUCCUUCCGAGGCCUCCCCCACCAUCCCUUUGCCAGACACUGAGUAUGUGUCCUUCCACAAGAUCAUAGCUGGUAGUGUGGCCCUCCUCUUAUCUGUAGCUAUAAUUCUGCUGGUAAUCUAUGUCUCAUGGAGGCGCUAUCCCAGCAGCAUCAAACAGCUUCAGCAGCGCUCGGUGGUUAAAAAGCGGCAGAAAAAGGCCCGGGAGACCGAGCGCUCCUUUAACUCACCACUGCAAGAGUACUAUGUGGACUACAAGCCUUCACACUCAGAGACUAUGGAUGUGCUGGUUAAUGGGACAGGACCUUACACAUACACCAUCUCAGGCUCCAGGGAAUGCGAGGUAUGA